AUGGAGGCAAGUACGAGUAGCGGUACGCGUACUACGCGAUUUAUGAUGGAAGGUGUCGGUGCAAGAGUGAUUCGUGGUCCUGAGUGGAAAUGGGGCAAACAGGACGGUGGAGAAGGACAUGUAGGAACUGUCAGGAACUUUGAGUCGCCAGAAGAAGUCGUUGUCGUGUGGGAUAAUGGCACAGCUGCUAAUUAUAGAUGCUCAGGAGCCUUCGAUUUGAGGAUAUUGGAUUCUGCUACCACUGGUGUUAAACAUGACGGUACCAUGUGCGAUACGUGCAGACAACAGCCUAUUUUUGGUAUCAGAUGGAAGUGCGCUGAGUGUGGGAACUAUGAUUUAUGCUCAAUUUGUUAUCAUGGUGAUAAACAUCAUUUAAGACAUAGGUUUUAUCGUAUUACUACUCCUGGCGUUGAUUGGCAGUGGGAAGAUCAAGAUGGUGGUAAUGGCAGACGAGGUAAAGUCAAUGAAAUACAAGAUUGGUCUGCUGCUAGUCCAAGAUCUGCUGCGUACGUUAUUUGGGAUAAUGGAGCUAAAAAUUUGUACAGAGUUGGCUUUGAGGGAAUGGCUGAUCUUAAAGUAGUAAAUGACGCGAAAGGCCAAACUGUUUAUCGGGACCAUUUACCAUUGCUUGGAGAACAGGGUCCUGGACGACCUGGGCCACAUGGAUUACAGAUUGGCGAUCAAGUUAAUGUUGACCUGGAAUUAGAAAUAGUCCAGUCGCUGCAGCACGGACACGGCAGCUGGACCGAUGGAAUGUUCGAGUGCCUUGGUACAACCGGUACUGUUGUAAGCAUCGAUGAAGAUCAUGAUAUCGUUGUAUCUUAUCCCAGCGGUAAUCGAUGGACAUUUAAUCCAGCUGUAUUAUCUAAAGUUCAAACCCCAGUAUCUGCUGGUACAAGUACCGCCACUGAAAAUCAAGCAUUUGCUGUUGGUGAUUUAGUGCAAAUUUGUAAUGAUUUAGAAAAAAUUAAACUGCUGCAGCGCGGUCACGGCGAGUGGGCAGAAGCAAUGGCUCCAACUCUUGGAAAAAUUGGGCGGGUUCAGCAAAUUUAUCACGACGGUGAUUUGAAAGUCGAAGUGUGUUGUACUUCAUGGACGUAUAAUCCUCAGGCAGUUGUUAAAGUUGCCAGCAGCGAUAGAAGUAUGCCUGGAAAUAAUAGCGGAGAACGAUUGUCAGCUUUAUUGAAAAAAUUAUUUGAGACUCAUGUGUCGGGUGACGUGAACGAGGAGCUCGUUAAAUCCGCUGCCAAUGGCGACGCUGUGCAGAGUGAAGAAUGCCUGAAACGUUUAGACGCGGAUGUCAAUGGAGUAUUUUCGGGUCACACGGCAUUACAAGCUGCCAGUCACAAUGGUCAUCUAGAUGUUAUUAAAAUACUAUUGCGGUACAAGGCCGAUGUUGAAAUCGAGGACAAAGAUGGUGAUCGUGCUGUUCAUCAUGCAGCAUUUGGAGAUGAGCCUGGUGUAAUGGCGUUGGUAGCUGGAGCGGGAGCUGAUUUGAAUGCCCGGAAUAAACGGCGUCAAACUGCACUUCAUAUCGCUGUCAAUAAAGGGCACGCAGGUGUUGUACGAACUUUAUUGGAAUUGGGUUGCCAUCCAAGCCUUCAGGAUGCUGAAGGAGAUACUCCACUUCACGACGCUAUUUCCAAGAAAAGAGAUGACAUGCUAACGUUGUUAUUGGACCACGCUGCAGACAUUACUCGUACUAACAAUACCGGUUUUAAUGCUUUACAUCAUGCCGCUCUCCGUGGAAACCCAAGGUAA